AUGGCAUCAGAAAAUUUUCCUGUUGCAAAUGCGACACUCCCCUUCUGGAGGACUGAUCCCCACCCUCUAGACAACCAUCGAUCCAGCGAGACUCUACCUAAACAAGCGGACGUCGUCAUCAUUGGAGCCGGAUAUGCGGGGUCAUCGGUCGCACAUCAUAUCCUUCAACAGAUUAAGCCGGGCUCCAAAGCCCCUUCAAUUACAAUUUUAGAGGCGCGUCAGGCUUGUUCGGGGGCGACCGCUCGCAAUGGAGGGCACAUGAAGCCCGAUAUUUACAACUUCAUUGGGACACUGGCUGCAGAUUAUGGAGUCGAUGCUGCAGCUGAAGUGGCUGCUUUUGAAGCAAGACAUGUUCACACUGUGAAAGACUUUGUCGAGAAGGAAAAGAUCGAGUGCGACUAUACAGUGACUAAAGCUGUGGAUGUGCAAUUGGCGGAGGCCCACUUCAACAAGCUUAAGGAUGGGUAUCACCGUCUAGUUGCGGGUGGGAGUCAACCGACAACAAAAGUGGAGAUCAUUGAGUCUAAAGAUGCUGAAGCUUUCUCCGGGGUAAAAGACGCCGUAGGUUGCUUUUCCUACGAGACAGGCCAUAUUUGGGCCUACAAGUUUGUCCUCCAUCUUCUGGAGAAAGUGGUCUCACAGGGUGUCAAUCUACAAACACACACCCCCGUGACGAAGGUCUCAGAAUCUACUCAUCCGAGUUCCCCUCACCGAUGGAGAGUGGAGACUUCACGCGGGACGGUCGCAGCUAAGGCGGUCGUUUUCGCGACAAAUGCCUAUACCUCCGCGCUCGCACCUCAGUAUCAAGGCAAGAUUGUUCCUGUACGAGGCACCUGCAGUCGAAUUGCAGUCCCACCUGGUUCGUCUGCUCCUCGCUUGACGAGCACCUAUACCCUCCGAUUAAACAGUUGGGAUUAUGACUACCUGAUUCCGCGUGGAGACGGGAGUAUUGUGGUGGGUGGGGCCCGAUCGACGUUUAUUCAGGACGAAAAGAAUUGGUAUAAUGUGAGUGAUGAUAGUCGGGUUCUAGAGUCUGCAGCUCGGUAUUUUGAUGGGUACAUGCAACGCAAUUUUGUGGUUAUGGGAUACUCCGCCGAUGGACUGCCUCAUGUAGGUCAAGUUCCUGGCUCAGACGGUCAGUAUAUUCUGGCUGGAUUUACGGGACACGGCAUGCCGCAAAUCUUCCUGGUCGCGGAAGCCAUCGCCAAGAUGAUUGUGAAUGGUGAUAGCUUUGAGGCCACUCAACUACCGCGACUUUUCAAGACGACGCCAGCCAGACUGGAGACGCAGAAGAGUAACAUUCUCGGGAAUACCCCUCAAGCAGGGGCGUCCAAGCUGUAA